AUGCUUGCUCAGAUCAGGUGGACGAAAACAGCAGGAAGUGCCUCUGACAGAUUCCAAGACUCGAGUGUCUUCAAUGAAACUCUGAGGAUUACAAAUAUCCAGCGACACCAAGGAGGCCGCUACUACUGCAAGGCGGAGAAUGGUUUGGGUUCCCCAGCUAUAAAAUCAAUUCGAGUGGAUGUGUACUAUUUAGAUGAUCCGAUAGUGACAGUUCACCAGAGCAUCGGGGAAGCAAAAGAACAGUUUUACUAUGAGAGAACAGUGUUUCUCAGGUGUGUUGCUAACUCCAACCCACCAGUACGGUACAGCUGGAGGCGUGGCCAAGAGGUAUUACUGCAAGGGUCAGAUAAAGGAGUUGAAAUCUACGAACCCUUCUUUACCCAGGGGGAAACAAAGAUAUUGAAACUAAAGAAUCUUCGGCCUCAGGACUAUGCUAAUUACAGCUGCAUUGCUUCAGUGAGGAGCGUGUGCAACAUCCCUGACAAGAUGGUGUCUUUCAGACUCUCCAAUAAAACAGCGUCUCCGUCAAUUAAGCUUCUGGUGGACGACCCCAUAGUGGUGAACCCUGGUGAGGCCAUCACCUUGGUCUGUGUGACGACAGGAGGCGAGCCAGCACCCACGCUUACCUGGGUGAGAUCCAUUGGAGCCCUGCCUGAAAAAACUGUGCUGAACGGCGGGACCUUGACAAUACCGGCCAUCACUUCGGAUGACGCCGGCACGUACAGUUGCAUCGCCAAUAAUAAUGUGGGCAACCCUGCAAAAAAAUCCACCAACAUCAUUGUCAGAGCCUUAAAAAAAGGCCGGUUUUGGAUCACGCCUGACCCCUAUCACAAAGACGACAACAUCCAGAUUGGGCGCGAGGUGAAAAUCUCCUGCCAGGUGGAAGCUGUUCCUUCUGAGGAGCUGACAUUCAGUUGGUUUAAAAAUGGACGCCCGUUGCGUAGCUCAGAAAGGAUGGUCAUCACCCAGACUGACCCUGAUGUUUCCCCUGGCACCACCAACCUGGACAUCAUCGACUUGAAAUUCACUGACUUUGGAACGUACACCUGCGUGGCAUCCCUGAAAGGCGGAGGCAUAUCCGACAUCAGCAUUGAUGUCAACAUAUCCAGCAGUACAGUUCCGCCCAAUCUGACUGUUCCACAAGAAAAAUCACCUUUAGUCACCCGGGAAGGAGACAUUAUAGAACUACAGUGCCAGGUGACCGGAAAGCCCAAACCUAUAAUUCUUUGGUCCAGAGCUGAUAAGGAGAUUGCAAUGCCAGAUGGAUCCAUGCAGAUGGAAAGCUAUGACGGAAUACUGAGGAUAGUGAAUGUGUCUAGGGAGAUGACAGGAACAUACAGAUGUCAGACCAGUCAGUACAAUGGAUUUAAUGUGAAACCCAGAGAAGCAUUGGUGCAGCUCAUUGUGCAGU